AUGCGCUACUUCAUAAUCUCGGAUGAGGGCGGCAACCCCAUCUACUACGACCACAAGGAUGGACGCCUGCUGAGCCUCGUGCUUGUGAAUACACACAUCAUGAUGAAGGAAAACCUCGGCCAGCGCUUCAAAUCCAUGACUUGCGGCCACACCCUCUUCGUCUUCCAGAAGUACGAAAAGCUGAGCUACCUCGUCGUCAGCGAUCAAGGCGAGUCAGAGAUGUUUCUGCGCAGCCUCCUGCGUCAGAUAUUCGAGCACAUGGUGAUGGUGUUCGGCAGGCAAGCCAUCGAAGAGGGCAAGUACAGCACUUUCUCUCGACACAAGCUCACGAUCCAGCACAUCAUCGACACUCUGUGCGCGCUCUCUGAUCGCCAGCAGUCCCUGCUCGUGCGAGCAACGGAGCGGCUCGAGGUGGACGACCGAACGCGAGGCGAAUGCUUCAAGGCCCUCAAGAACGCGCUCAAGCAGGAGCCACUGGCCACGCAUGGCCUGCUCUUCGUGGGCACCAAGCUGCUGGCCACCUACUCCAAGAACAAGGCGCCGGACAUUGACCCCAGCGACAUGCUGCUGCUGAUCAACGACUUCAGGGCCACCUUCCACCCCUAUGAACGCGAAGUGGAGGAGACCGUGAUUCCUGCGGCGGACUACUCCCAGGUGUCGGGCACCCUCUCAACGCAAGAGAGCGGGGAGCGGGACCGAGACGAGGGCUUCGUGUCCGCCUCGGAAGAGCUGACCUGGGACGAGGACGGCAAGUUCACGCAGGACAACAUUCGGCUACUGAGCACGGAGAUCUGCGAGGGCCUCUACGACAAGGUGUGCCUCAAGGCGCAGGAGCUGGAGAAGGAGAAGAACGUGCGACAGAUGCAGAAGGAGCGGGAGAAGAUCAACCAGUCGUCGGAGUCCUUCAAGCGCCUGUUCGUGGGCGCCGACGACAACGGCCCUCUGGGCAACAACGGCCGGUCGUCGUUGAACCCCUCCGCGGGCAACACAACGGCGAAUGCCACACAUGCCGCAAAUACCGCCGAAGAGGAUGACGUCAGCACCCGACGGAGGAAGAAGAACAUUCGGCGGAAGAGCAGCCGUGCGACAUCGAAGGACGCCAGCGGGGAGCGGUGGGACGAGCGCAUCGAGCAGUGGCGCGAGGAGCAGCGGGAGAAGGAGCUCGACAAGCGAAAGCAGGAGAGCGAGCGGGAGGAGACGGUGGAGAGCGGCAAGGACAUCCUCAUCGCCGACUUCAUGGAGAACCUCGACAAGGGCGAGUUCAAGAUCGGACUCAACGGCGACUGCGUCCUGCUGCUUCAGGAGAUGCUCCACCUGAUCUCCUUCUUUCCCGGGGCCUUGGACGGAAACUACGGCGAGAAGUCCGCCCUCUCCGUAUCGGCUUUCCAGGAGACGUCACGGAUUCCGGUGAAUGGGGCCGUGGACCUGGUGACGGCGAAGCUGCUGCUGGAGCAGGUGCUGACCCACUUCAAGAAGCCCAAGGCCACCAAGAAGAAGGUGGCCUUUGUCGACGACGACGGCGUGGCGCCAAGUUCGUCCGUCGACGCCGACACCGACGCCGACGGGCUGCUGCACCUGAGCUCCGGAGCCAGCGAUGUCGACACCGAGGGCGGCGGCGGCGGCGGCAAGGCCAAGGAGUCCUCCGACGAGGGCGCCGACAGCGACGCAGGGAAGCAGGGGGAGCGAAGCAGCGGGAGCAGCGACGACGACGGGAGCGCGGGGCGGAGCAGGGCCAACAAGGCCGACGAAAUGGAGCCGGAGAGCAGCACCGCCGACACCGAGCGACGGCCGCUGCGAAUCGAUGGCGAGGACGACGACGACGACACAUUUUUGAUCGAGGGCUCCUCCUCGCAGGGUGAGCCAUUCGUGCGCACGAACAGGCCUUUGAUACCAUCGAGCCCCGUGGACGGCACCGCCAUGCUCGCCAAGGAGCCCAAGUUGAAGCUGGGGCGGGAGGACUCGUCGUCAUCGGACGAGGCCGGGUUCGUGUCGCCGCUGGCCUCGCCCCACAACGUGGCGCCGCACCGAUCGCUGAAGGAGGAGAUCGAGCGCGAGAAGGAGCGGGAGCGGGACCGCCUCGACGACGCGCGGCAGCGGCGGGAGGAGGCCGCCGAGGAGGAGGCCGAGCGGCGCGCGCAGGGCGGACCUUCGCAGGCGGGCGACUCCGAAACCAGCGGCGCCGACGCGCAGCACAAGCGGGAGCGGGCCACCGUCGGUGAGUCGAGCGAGGACCUGGGCCUCUCGCUCGAUGACGUCGACUUUGAUCACCCGUUCCCGGAGCUGGACUACAACCUGCGACAGCCGUUCGACCCGGAGAACUCCACGUCGUACAAGCUGCUGCACCUCCGAACGCCCAAGUACACACCGCGAUGGGUCUACUACGCCGAACUGGAGCGAAUGACUACGCUCGUCAUCAUCACCUCCAAUCACCCGUCCAGCGGCGCCAAGGGCCAGCCGGCGGAGAGGGACCGGCUGGACGAGAUAAGGGACCAGCUGCGGGGCAUGAUCCGCAACUACGCCACGUACCUGAUCACCAAGGAGCACACCCACCUGCCCGUGCUCUCCUUCCUCCACCAGUUCCCGGGCCUCAUCCACUUCAUCUUUGUCGACCGAACCUUCAAUCGGGUGAUCGCCCCGCCCAUCACGGCCGUGCACGGGCCGGUGUACUCGCCCAAGCCGGAGGAGGCCCUGCGCAUGAAGCUCAUCCUCCGCUCCAAAGUGUGGGACAUGUGCUAUCGGGCGCAGCAGCAUCUGUCGGAGGGUCACCACGCCAUGACGAUGAAGUCGGGCGCGUUCCAGUACUCGUACCGGCUGUGGGUGGAGGACAUGGAGGGCUUUGAACUGCCCUUCAACCACGACCAACCCUUCAUUGCGCAGAGAGGGCCGCAGACGCACAAGUAUUACAAGAAGCUGGUGGAGCACAUCUUUCCGUCGCGGAGCGGGCUGCGGUGCUACGAGCUGUACACGCUCUACCUGGGCGUGCUCUCGGUGAAGAGCAUCACCCACUACGACCGCAACCUCGUGGCCAUCCUUCUCGAUCGCAAGAACAAAUAA